AAAGCGUGUCUGUGAUAGAGGAUCGAACCUGCUUUAACCCCACACUCAUCCUCAGUUUUCUCACCCCUCGCACUCUAUUUCUCAACAACAUUAAACACAAGUGAAUACAUCAUGGGUAGGGAUAUCACCACCGAGCCCUUUUAUGCGGUUUACGCUGACCUGAUCCCCAGACUACGGCAGUAACUAUGGCGGAGGAGGUUAUACUUCCUACGGGGCUGGCGGGGGAGCGGGUGCAGGUGGAUUUUCUACCCACUACGGUGGUUCACAGGGUGGGAGUCAAGCUAGCCCGGGUGGAAGUGCUUCACGCGGAGUAAGUAGUCUGGAUUAUACAUCGCAAGCUUCAUCAGUCUAAAUCGAAUUAACAUCUAUAGAGUCGUUCCGCGAGCACCCUUCGUCCUGUCACAAUUAAACAGGUACUUGAGGCCACCCAACCUCAUCCGGAGGCUGAAUUUAAGAUCGAUGACGUUGAGUUAACUCAAGUAAGACACACAUGAUUCCUGAUGCGCUGUCUAUUCUGUGAGCACACAGCUAAGAUGUCCUUCUCUAGCUCACACUUGUUGCACAAAUUCGCGGCGUCAGCGAGCAAGCAACGAACCAUACCUAUAAGAUGGAUGAUGGCACCGGCACCUUAGAGGUGAAGCAAUGGGUUGAAGCCACCGCUGUUCUUGAUGGACCUUCCGAAAAGCUGCGGCCAAACCAAUAUGUCCGAGUUUUAGGUACUCUCAAAGCCUUCGGUGGCAAGCGCCACCUCGGUGCUCAUCAUAUACGCCCCAUCACGGAUUUCAAUGAGAUACACUACCAUUUUCUGGAGGCUACGGCAAUUCAUUUGCACUUGACAAAGGGCCCUCCCGAGGGCUUGGGACAGGUGACGGGUGGGGUGGGGCACCAGGUGCAUGGCCAAGGUCAAGGGCGUGAUGUCGCGAUGGGUGGUAUGAGUGUAGCGGCCGGAGGCGGGGGAGGCGCUCGCUACUAUCCACCUAAUGUCAGCUCGCACAGCAGGAGGAUCCUUGAUAUAGUCCGGUCCAAGCCGCAGCACACAGAUGGGACGCAUGUCAACACCAUCGUGCAAAUGUGUGGUUUAUCUUUGCCCGAUGUUGAAAAGGCUAUCUAUGAAUUGGCCGACGCUGGGAUUGCGUAUACCACGAUAGAUGAUAGCCAUAUCAUGCUGUUGGACAAUCAAUCCUAAACAAUGAUGGUUUCUCCGCCCUUUAUCAGCACUAGCCGGCGAUGGCUCCAUUGUGUUUUCCUUUCGUUCUCCCCUCUCGGUUUUUCCUUUUUUCGGGUAGUGGUGAAAAGACGUGUAAUGUAACGGCAGCUAUGAAAGAAGUUCUCUACGUCAACAGCAAGAUGGUAGCGUAAUUUACGGGGAGACCACAUUUGAUUAUCCCGGUGUUCAGUGGGGAUAUAGACCUAAAAACCCGGGCAGGUGUGAUGAUACUUUGAAGUGUAGAAUCGGAUAUUCUAUCUUUUGGUUAAGAAAAGUGAGUCAAUUUCCUCGUGUUAAAAGAUCUCAGGGAUUACUCUCUCCCCUAAACGUCGUUCUUCCCGCUCUGCUCUGUCCUGCCCGGUGCGGGAACCAACGAAAGGGUGAGUCAUUUCCCCGAGUGAUUAGAUUAUGAUACAUGUUCUCAGUGAACUAUCCUCACUUUUUACCCUUAGCAAACCUCCAGAGCGCAACAACAAACAAGAAUCGGUAAAAAACAAAACGAAAAAACGAGUCAACUCUCCAAUAUGAUUAGACUAUGAUAUCAUACUAUUCUUCAUGAUCCGACCCCAUUUCGAAUUUGAACAACCCCAUAGGGUUUAGGGCAAAACGAAUAAUAACAAGAUUUCCACCUUUCCGAGUUUUUCAAUCGUAUCAUACAGUAUGAUAGAAAGAAGCACAAGUAUGCUGUGAUAUGAUAACAUCAAACCUUAAAAUCUCGCGGGCAAGCAACGCGAGCACUACAGUAACAGACUCGGCCGCGGUACAGUAUCAUGGGAUAAGAGCCCUGCUAAAGAGCAAGCAGCUCGGGCUCGGAGGCCAAUAUAAGGUAAAGGGCCACGCUAAUUAUGUAGCCCAGUCGUAAGACACCCGUCAUCAUAAUAUUAUCUAUCAUACGUGCGAGAUCUCGAUAGACUGGUGCCGUGGGAUGGAGGUAGAUCCAAGGAUCACCUUGAUAUUAUAUCUCCAAAUUUCAACUACUGGUAUAUCCCCAAGAAUGUAUAUAUAUAUAUAUUUAAAGGUUAAUAUAUGGGCUUUCUAUUACCGGGGGGAUCUCAUCGGGAUAUGUGCUCGUACAGUAUGAUAUUUGUAGGCCGGCCGAAUCGCUGUAGCCUGUGACAUUGGUUCGUGUGAGAGGGCGUUGAUUUUUUUAAUUUUUUUCUUCUACUGCGAAAUGAAAUAUCAUGACAUGGUAAUUGCGAGUUGUGUGAUGGGAGAUUGUGAUCCUGUUCGGACAUCUUUUGAAUACAUAACAUAGGUGGGGGGGGGGGGGUCAAGGAACAGAGGGGCCCGACGAACAGGCCAAACAAGACCACCAUUCGCCAAGACCUUUUUGGUGUAUCGUCCGUUGACCCCCCGUCCAUUUUAUGAUACAUAGUCUACUGGUAUGGUACCCGUACUCGAGUGUC